AUGGAGAGGCUCUAUCGGACAAAUGGGAGAAAGUGCUUUAUUGGAAUUUUCCCCAAAGAUUUUUCAAGCGUUAGUGGAACUGGAGGACGACUAGAGAAUUUGUUCAAUAAUAAGGAUGAUGAAACCUUGCGUACUUCUUUCAAGUCUCAAGGAUACUACACAAAACUCUCCCAGAAGAAUCAGAUCAAAACUCGCCGGGUUGUCGAAUUCAUCGAGCAAAACGCCGCGGAGUUCGAAACAGUUGGAGACGUUUCAAGAGUUGUCGUCUACAUCUGUACUCAUGGCUUCUCGUCCCAAUACGGACAACAUCUGUAUUUCAGCGAUGGGCAUAUUUUGAUGGACCACCUGCUACGCCCUCUUUAUGAUUGCCCUGGUUUGGUGAAUGUUCCACUUUUGGUCAUUCUGCACUCCUGCCGCAAGUACAAGGAAGAUUCAAGCAUUGCUGAAGCAAGUUACAGAUUUGCAGAAAAUCGUCAAAUCUGGCAAGAUCGAGUUGCCCACUCAAAAGUCGAUGUCGGUUUCGUCUUUUCAGCCGACGAGAAUAAAUAUGCGCUUACUUCUUUCAAUGGAACUUCUGAUUUUGCAAGCAAGCUGGUUCACGAAUUCGAGAACAACGAUGAUAUCUUCCGCGCUACGUCUUGUUUGGGGCUUCGGCACUCCUAUCGAUUCAACGACCCUGAAGAAGAGGGUGGCACGGAUCAGUUCUAUCCCCAUUCAAAGAGGAAGAAAGCUGCAAUUAUAAUCACAUUGGGCGAGUUUGACAGAGAGAGAGAUUUCAAAAAUGCUGAUGUUGAAAGAGAAGAAAUGAAGAAGCUUGUAAAACAAAUGGACUACGACGUCAUUGCUUCCAACAAGACCUAUAUUACGCUUGAAAGUUGCCAGAAAUUCAUCCACAAUUUGAUCGAAAAUAGCUUCCAGCACGGCCACGAAUUCAAUUCAAUCAUGCUCUAUUUGAAAACACACGGGAGCUGGGGAAAGAAGGGCCAGAUUGUCCAUUUUUCGAACGAUACGCAAAUUCCGCUUCUUGACUUGCUCCAGCCCUUCAACCAAGGACCUCUUAGAGCAAUUCCGAAAGCUAUCUUCGUUGAAGCCUGCCAGGGAGAAACGAAAGAGACGGAGGGCAUUAGAUUAGGUCAGACGCACCUAGGAAGCAGCGAGCCUCGACAUCAUAUGCUGAAUACAAUUUUCUUCAAAGCAACAACAGAGAGAACUCUCUCUGUUACGCCAGAAGAUCCUGAAGGACUCUCGCCUUUUACUGAAGCUCUGAAAGACAUCGUCAACGAAGCACUUCUCAACGACGAAGACAUCAACGCCUGGGACUUGUCGUGCAAACUCACGGAGAAAAUGUCGUCAAUAGAACCAGUCAGGCACCCGGCUCCAGAACGACUACAUAUUAAUCCAGAAUACGCUCUGAAAUUCGAUAAAUUCCUCCUGUGCCAAACGGAUACGACGCUCACCAAAAACCUCAAAAUCUUCAACAACACUCGAUAUCCUUAUUAG